AUGGCCGUCUUAUUAGAAUCCUCCUACGGUAAAAAUCUCGUCAAGUUCCUCAAGGUCAAGCGCGAUGCCACCAACCCAAAGAAACAGGAGGUGAUUGAAGCCACCUGCUGUGUACUCCUCGAAGGAGCCUUCGACGAGUCCUAUACCAACGCCAACAAUGCUUCAAUCGUGCCUACCGACACUGUCAAGAACACUAUUCUCGUCGAAGCCAAGCUCUCUGACGUCUGGCCAAUCGAGCGCUUUGCCGCACACUUGGGCCAGCACUUUGUCAACAAAUACUCGCAUGUCACCGCUGUCAAUGUUUGGAUCGAGCAACAACGCUGGGUCAAGUACGACGUCAACGGGAAGCCACAUGACCACUCGUUUAUCCACCAGUCCGGUGAAACCAAGAACGUCUACCUUCACUACUUCCGCAACGGUAAGUAUGACCUCCAGACCUCCAUCAAGGGCCUUACUGUUUUAAAAUCCACCGGCUCCAUGUUCUACGGCUACAACGUCUGCGACUACACCACCUUGAAGCCUACCAAGGACAGAAUUCUCUCCACCGACGUUGAUGCCACCUGGUACUGGGACUCCAAGAAAUUGGGGCCAAUCACCAACAUUGAAAGGUUGGCCAACGCAGGCUUGUUCGACAACGGUUACGAUGCUGCCAGAAAGGUCACCUUGGACUUGUUUGCCUUAGAAAACUCCCCAUCCGUGCAGGCCACGAUGUACAACAUGUCUGCCAAGAUAUUGGAGCUUGUGCCGGAGGUUGAGAAGGUCCAGUACUCCUUGCCAAACAAGCACUAUAUGGGGAUUGACUUGUCCUUCAAGGGCAUCAGGGAGAACAACGAGGUCUUCUACCCAGCUGCCCAUCCAUCCGGGUUGAUCAAGUCUACUGUCGGGAGAGAAGUCAAGGCGAAGUUUUAA